AUGGGCUGUACGCCAUUUCAUUGGGUCUGUUUUUGCGGUUCAGUAGAACUAGUUCGAUGUUUCAUCGAUCUACUUUUAUUUAGUGUAGCAGAUGGUUCCUUAAAUGAACCCAGCCAAAAUUCCGAUGGCCAGAGACCAAUACAUUGGGCAGUUUAUAAAGAUAUGAGAAGACCUCUGCACCACGCUUGCCUGAACGGGGCACUUAAUAUUGUCAGAGAGUUAUGUGUGGUGGAUGGAGUGGGUGUAGAAGAUGAAGAUUGUUUUCAGCAGACUUGGCGAGAAAUAGCUCACGUACACGUGUGCUUCUUCAUGCUUAAUCUUACUUUCUGGGUAUCUCUGAGCCAGACGAACAGAUGCGAUCCGGGCUACAUUGAUGUGGAUCUUCGAAAUCCCUCUCUCUACGAAUCCGUCAUUCAAAAAGUAAAAAGUUACAAAGAAGACGUUGAAAAGUCAUACGGUAGUCAUCUGACGAUGCUGGCCGGUAUAAGAGAGACGAUUUUAACAUUCUCCCAACUCUGUCAUGUGUGCAAGCUAGCUAGGCAUGCUAGAUCUAAGCAUUGUUUUAAAUGUAGAAGGUCAAACGCCGUCAUCGUCUUCGCUUCCUUCGCUGCUUGUGGCUUCCUCGUGUUAUCUUUUGUCAUCUUGAUAUGCAUUGUCUUGUACUUCAAAACCGGUCUAACUUUUCACGAAUGGAUGAAGAGGCAAAAGAAUCAAAAAGCUACCAUCAAAUCAAUUCUACAUCUCAUGCUUAAUGGGGAUAGUAGUCACAAUUCCAGGACCAACUAUCUCGAAAACAUAAGGGAUUAUUUCUGUUAUAGAGCUAACAAAAUGGUGAAAUUGGAUGUGGUCUUGAGAGAAAUUUGA